CUUAUUUCAAUCCGCUCCUCUCUCGCGUCGUCUCUCCCCUCUUCAGAACGCAACGCACCCAAUUCCCAGUUUUCCCAUCCCCCCAACUCUCGCCUCGCCUCUCCCGCGGCAUUUGCUUGCUUCUACUGCCUUCUACCCGGGCGGGCGUGCGGCAGGAACCUGAUGGAUUCGGACGCCUCUACCUCCCCGCGGCGGCGCAGCUGCUACAGCGACAGCGGCGACUCCUCCUGCUCCGAGCCCUUCAGCGAGUGCGGCAGCGACGACCUCUCCUCCUUCAGCCCCGCCGCCGCCGCGGGCAUCCACCGCCUGCUGCUCUCGUGCGCGGCCGAGGCGUCCGACGGCUCGAUCUCCUCCCUCGUCGCCGAGCUCGAGUCCCCCGCGGCGUCGGUCGACUCGCUCCGCCGCGCCGCCAUGGAGAUCCGCCUUCUGGCCAAGCACAACCCGGACAACCGGAUUCGCAUCGCCGCCUCCGGGGCGGUGCGCCCGCUCGUCGCGCUGCUGUCCCACGCCGACCCGCUGCUGCAGGAGCACGGGGUCACCGCGCUGCUCAACCUGUCCAUCUGCGACGAGAACAAGGCGGCCAUCGUCGAGGCCGGCGCCAUACGCCCGCUCGUGCGCGCGCUCAAGUCGGCCGCGUCGCCGGCCGCGCGGGAGAACGCCGCGUGCGCGCUGCUCCGCCUCUCCCAGCUCGACGGCGCCGCCGCCGCCGCGGUCGGCCGCGCGGGCGCCAUACCGCUCCUGGUGUCCCUCCUCGAGACCGGCGGCGCGCGCGGGAAGAAGGACGCCGCCACGGCCCUAUACGCGGUCUGCAACGGCGCGCGCGAGAACCGCCUCCGCGCCGUGGAAGCCGGCGCUGUGCGCCCCUUGCUCGACCUUAUGUCCGACCCGGAGUCUGGCAUGGUGGACAAGGCCGCCUAUGUUCUCCAUUCCCUAGUGGGUUUCGCCGAGGGCCGGUCCGCCGCCGUCGAGGAAGGCGGCAUCCCCGUCCUCGUGGAGAUGGUGGAGGUCGGCACAUCGCGGCAGAAGGAGAUCGCCACCCUCUCCCUCCUCCAGAUCUGCGACGACAACGCCGCAUACCGCACCAUGGUCGCCCGCGAAGGCGCAAUCCCUCCGCUCGUGGCCCUCUCCCAGUCCUCCUCCGCCCGCCCCAAGCUCAAAACCAAGGCUGAGGCGUUGAUCGAGAUGCUCCGGCAACCGCGGAGCGCGAGCCUGCGCGCGGCGAGGCCCGCGGCGAUCGUUGCGGCGGAGUGACAGCAAUGAUACCGUCCGUUCCAUUUCAGUUCCACCUUGGCUGUGCCAAGUGGUUUGCGUCUUCUCUUCCUGCGGCGAGACGAGCCGACCGGCCGGCCGGACGCGCGCGUGUAAAUAGCAAAGCUGCUGCGAGUGUGCGUCCGCGAGCGAGUGUACAUUUUCCCUCAAGCGAGAUGACAAUGGUGGGUUGGAUGAUGGAAAGUCCCUCUGUAAAAUCUCCCCCGCUCUUCUUUUUUUACUUUGGUUUUCGUUCGUUCCUCGGGCGAGGAUGCAAACCCAAUUUCAUGUGUGGUGAAACGGCGAGUUGUGCUGUGUGAGUGCUGCUAGGUCAGGAACCAACUGCUUUUGUUUCUUGUGGAUGCAAUAUGCAAAGGAAAAAAGAUCGCGUUCACUGAAAUCGCCGGUUGGUUUGAA